CCCUAGGCCGACGGACCAGCUUCUUCCACCCCGUGGGCGGACAGCGACCGAGCAACCUGCAUCGUGAUUAUCUGUCCUGCCUCUAGAGAAGACCAUGGAUGCCACCCCGACACCCUUUGGCCCCGCGCCUGGGCCGAAACACUUUGUACUGUGCUUCGACGGCACCGGGAACAAAUUCUGCGGCGACUCGUCCGACAGCAAUGUCCUGAAGAUCUUUCGGAUGCUCGAUCGCAGUAAGCCCCAUCAGUUCCACUACUACCAGCCCGGCAUCGGGACCUAUGUGACGAGCACGUCGCUUUCUAGCCAUGGGCGCAUCCAGAGGAUCAAAUCGGCCUACUUGAAAGCCAAGGACUCUGCGGUCGGCUCCUCGUUUGAUGAGCAUGUCAUGGGCGGCUACAAGUUCCUGAUGCGAUACUACCAAACAGGGGACGACAUCUAUUUCAUCGGUUUCUCCCGGGGCGCCUACAUUGCGCGUUUCCUGGCGGAGAUGCUCGAUUUCAUCGGCUUACUCGAGGCCGGAAACGAGGAGCUGAUCCGAUUUGCGUGGAAGACGUUCGCGAAGUGGCAGCGGCGCCGCGGGGACAACGAUGAAGAACGCGAGGAAAAGAAGCGCCUAUUUCGCUACAUGAAAGCCUUCCGCGAAACGUUCAGCCGACCGAUCAGCCGGAUCCGGUUCAUGGGCCUGUUCGAUACGGUCAACAGUGUGCCCCGGUUCGAGUCCGCAUGGAUGCAACGAAGCAAGUUCCCAUACACUGCCCGCAGCUCCGCUCGAGUCAUCCGACACGCCGUGGGCAUCGACGAACGGCGGGCCAAGUUCCGCCAGGAUUUGAUCUCUGAGGCGAAACCAUGGCACGAGAAGAAGCGGGACCGGGGACGACAGUACCUGCACCAACUCCGGCACCCCAUGGAACGGUAUGGGAAUGGCACCGUGCCCGUGCUGCAGGUCAACAGUGACGAUGUGGAUAACGCGGAUCCUCCUGCCAACCACCCCGCCAGACACGACCCGGAGACCGAGUCUGUUUACCGCAGUGAUAAUGGCUCGCAUGAAGACCUCCAUGCCGGCCCCCGGUACCGGGCAUCGAAUCUGACGGUGCCCGACCAGAAGAUUGGCUUCUCCGUUCCUAUUCCCACUAGGUCUACUGAGGACCUGAAUUCCAUCCGGAGCGGGCAAUCAGGGCAGCUGUCUCUUCAGGCUCCAGGAACAGCCAGUCACCUGGAAGAGGAUGACGAGGAAACCAGGCAGGAUAUUCAAGAAGUCUGGUUCCCCGGCGGCCAUGCCGACAUUGGAGGGGGUUGGAAACUCGCCGAAGGCGAGGACUGGCCCUUGAGCCACGCCCCGUUGGUGUGGAUGGUCCAGGAGGCGAAGAAGGCCGGGCUGCAGUUCGAACCCCGGAAACUUAAACAAUUCGAAUGCGCCGAGGAAUUCGAUGGGGACUACUCCCCUAUCCGCGAGCACUGGAACCGCCACGAUUUCUGCCGGGAUUCGAUUCACGACUACGGGGAUGAAAGCCAGCACACGUACCGACUGGCCGGCGAUGAGUCCAGAAAGGACGCCUCCGGGUCCAGUCGGCGUUUCCGGGAGGCACUGCUGUGUUCGAGCACCGAGGGUUCGCUGCACGACUGUCUGUCCUUUGGCAACGGACUGACGGCUCUCUCCGUCCUCUCAUGGAGGGUGAUGGAGUACCUCCCGUUUCGACGAAUGGAUUUGCAGAAGGACGGCUCGUGGAAACCGAUCCGGUGGCCGCUGCCUUGUGGCGAGGUGCGCGACAUCCCUGACGACGCUCAGAUCCAUGUCUCCGCUCUCCGUCGCAUGCAGGUCAACCCCAACUAUCGCCCCGGCAACCUGAUCAUUGGCGGUGGUGGGCGCGGGGUUAGGAGGGCUCCCGAACGGUAUGGCAUUGGUCACUGGGAAAUCAAGGACUAUGCCGGCGACAUUGUGCGAGAAGUAUACGUGCGAAAGAAGGAGACGACAAUCUGCCACGAUGACAGCCACCACUGAGAUCGUUGUCACGGUUUUUCAUUUUUCUCCGCUCCUUCCGCCGACCCGAAGAUACGCUCUUUUAUGUGAUUUUCGUUGACCUUGUUUGAUCUAGCACACGCUUGUUUCCUAUUUUCCUUUUGCCGGCUGUUCUUCGGUGCCUUCAAGCGAUGGAGGCACCGGAGGUGGUAGUAUAUUCUUU